GUCCUGUCGUAUGUACCUACUUGCUCCCUCCUUGCCAGCAUCCCGUACAUACCGACCGUCCUGAGGUGCUACCAGCGUUUCCCCCCAAGGCAUUCAAAACUAUCGGCGCGCCCACAUCGCCGUGCACUUGUGUCCUCCCCCCUUCCCUUUCCUCUUGCUCUAUCGAACUAUCGCCGCCGCCAUGUUCGAUUCCAAGGUCUAAAUUUGUACGACAGCGACUCUCCGAAGUCUGCUCGACGUGCCUCCUCUCAGGAACACCUGGGACGAGAUUCAAGACCAACUCUCCGCUUAUUCUUUUGUCACCUGGAUUUAGUCGUUGUGUUGCAACUCCCGCUCUCCUCUCCUCUCGCCUCGGCAUCAAUCAGUCACUCCUCGUGUUCUAAUCUGCCGGAUCCCUCACUCACUUCCAAAGAGUCAUCUCGGUCUACCACCACCCCCCUUCCCUUUGGGUCACGUUACUCAUCCCGCCAACAUCGCCACAAAUCCUCAACAUCAGACACGCGACACACGACGACGACACGUCCAACCCUCGCCCAUCCCUAGGUUUCCUUGUUUGUACCGCAGCGGCAUUCACUUGUUCCUUGCGACUAACAAAGGAUCAACCUACGGAUACAUCCCGUUUUCAACCACCUAGCUACCAGCAGCAGCCAGGCAAAGCAGGCUUUCAACUCCCUUUUACGCUGGUAUAUUUUGAGAUCGCACUCCAGCUUCAAUCGAGUCACACGCGCCUUCCUCGUCGAAAACCCGACGAAGUCCCUCUGCUGCCUACCUUCCUACAGCGUUUCCGCGCACCCCAUCUCUCUCAAAGUUACUCAUUAUUUCUUGCCUUCAAAACCCCCCCAAUACUCUGUAAUCACAUUACAGCUCUUACCUUAUACUCACUCUUUUAAUCAUUUGCUUCGGCAAGGCUACGACAACAACUCAGACGACGAUACGACUCAUCUUUCCAACCUGGUGCCUCUGUCGACUCAGCUGGUCCAGCACUCCCUUUGCCACCCUCCUCUGUAGUUGCCAAGAGCCAUCUCCAUCCGGGGGACUCUCAGCACUGCCUACACAGGAACCGCCCACCCUCCACUUCGGUUAGAUGCAUUAAACCAACGAUGCCUCUUCGAAUUACAAAAUCUACUCCAGUCGCCCGUCUUGUUUCGUCUUCCGGUUUGAUCGUUCGUGUAAAGUCGGUUUUGGACACUUGCGUCUAGAAACCGCCUUCCUAUCUACAACUCUCAAGGACUUUACCGCAGUUAUCAUUUGCUGCAGUGAGGUUCGCGUUUUCGAUACGGCAUCACGAUCUGCUCAUACAAACCCUUUUCCCUAAACGGUUUACCCGGUUGACUUAACUUGACGGCGACUGGAGGUACAUCCUUCGAAUCUCCAAACCCCCAAACACACCCCCCCCACACGCCUUAUAUCCAAGAUGAAGUACGUCGAAGAUGAUUCGUCGGCUUUCGUCAGCACCUACCGAAACGACACCUACAGCUCCUCCCUCGAAUCCUUGACCUCCGUCUCGUCCGGUUCGGUUUGGUCUGCAGCUUCCUCCCAAUCCUCCACUUCGACCUCCCCCACCAACACAUCCGAUUCCGGCUCGGCCGAUUCGUACUCUUUGUCGCGAUCUUCGGCUGCGUGCGACGCUGCCGCUAGAUUCACGAGCCUCUGGACCAAACAGCCUGCACAGCAAGCCCCUGUUGCUCUUCCCCAAGACUUGCGACAGAAUCCCAGACGGACCAGCGCAAGCAACACUCGCUCUGGUGCCCCCCCGACUUUGGUCCGACAGGCCGAGCGCAAGGUCAACUUUGUCGACAACCUCGUCGAUUCUUCGACUCAGAUUGUUGAGGCCAUCUGGCCCCUCUCUUCUGUCGUUUGCCGCAAUGAGCUCGGAAGCAAGGCGGUGCUGCCGCUGCGUACCUUUAUCCAGGAAACCCUGCGUCGCUCGCGCACUAGCUACUCUACCCUGCAAGUUGCCCUGUACUAUCUGAUUCUGAUCAAGCCCCAUGUCCCCAAACACGAUUUCACCAUGGAACAACCCGACGACAAACAUGAAUGCCGCGCGCUUCAGUGUGGCCGUCGCAUGUUCCUUGCCGCGCUUAUCCUCGCUUCCAAGUAUCUUCAAGACCGUAACUAUUCCGCCCGAGCAUGGAGCAAGAUUUCAGGCCUCAACACGGCAGAAAUCAACCAGAACGAGAUUGCUUUUUUGCUGGCCGUCAACUGGAAAUUGCACAUCACCGACGAAGUCUUCCAGCGAUGGACCGAAAUUGUUCUCAAGUACACACCCCCGUCCCCCCCUGCACCAGGUACUUCGGCCCAGUGGUACGCGCAGCAGAGCUCGAACUGGAAGAUGGUCAUUCUCAAGUUGAACCCCGAGCUGGACAACAUCGAAGGCUUGAUUCCUAUGGCGCAUGCCAACCACACCCCCCGCAGCUUUCCCCGGCAACGCACCAUGCUGUCGGCGGCUCGGGAUGCCCUCCCUGCAACCGGCGCCUGUGACUUAGCCUACAACUCGGCAGAGCUCACCCCUACACUGAGAUCCUAUCAAACCCCGACUAUCAUGGAGCCUACUCCGGCUACUGCUUACACUCCGGGUCGGCUGGCUCCCGCCCUCGGUCUUCUUCCCACUCCCCGCCUUACGCCUCAGUCGAGCGGAUACAACACUCCUGCUGUGAGUGGUGCAUCACACCUCGUUGGCAAAGGCAACGCGAUGGGUCUCGCCAUGGCUCAGGCCUCCUGCGUCACUGCCACCCAGUGUCUGGAUCGCUGGUCUUCCGUUCUGAAUAACUCGUCGCCACAGGGGUAUUGUCCCGUUCGCCGAUCUUCUCUCGCCACCUCAAUCUCGACUGCUUCUUCUCCCGAAUCGAUGGUUUCCGACUCGUCGCGAACCUCGCGCUCUUCCUCCAUCUCAUCCGCCUCGUCACUGGCUAGCGCGCCGGCUCCCAACUUGGGUGUCCAGGCGCGAUUCCGGUCUGCGAAGCUGUGCAGUGAGAGGUCGAGCCUGAGACCGACGAUCGCCUCGGUCCCUGAAGAUUACGAAGAGAAUUGCAUUACGUCAUCGCCUGAGUCUUACACCGGCCCGGUGGGAAGACUGGGCGAUAUGUCGUUGGACACUCCCUUGGCUCCAAGAGAAAGCGAACUGGAGGACAUGGUCCACGACCCCGCGAAUGAUGCUGCACGAGCGCUUCAAGAACUACAAAAUUACCGCUCUGACGAUACCACCCCAGUUGGUAUGACUUCGCGCAAGCGCGCUCGCGGUGUCUCUAUCAUUGAUGCCUCCCUCCAAGAGAACGUUCGCGACAUGUUGUCAGGCAAUUACUCUGGCAAGCAGUGGGCUCAGUCUCUGGUUCGCCCCAGGACUACCCAUUUAGUUAUGAACGAGCGAGGCUCCCCUCGCAAGCGCGUAUGUUGCGACAACGAAGCGACGCCUGGUUACGAAACUGCCCUUCACUCCAUCGAUGGAUACCGCGGACCGGGCAUGUGGGAUGGGAUCCUCAACUAAGCACACCUUGUGCGACUUUCCCGAGAUACCCCAACGGUCAACCGUCAAACACAACUUGACCUUCUUGUGCAAUAUCCUUUUUCCUUUGUCAAAACGAAACCAUCACGGGGCGGCGGGGAAUGGAAAGAGCUUUUGAUACCACCUAGCGGUUCAUCGAGUCUUUAGAACAGCUUAGAUGGCGUCAGGGCACGGCACGAAAAGCGUGGUAAUCUUGCAUGCAUCAUCAGAGGACACAGGCAUUUGGGAGGUGGAUGGCGAAGUGGGUCUUUUGGCGGACAUUUGCCGCGCGCUUGUGUUUGUACGAUCACCUGCUGAAGAAGAGAGUUGAUUUUACGUUUAUUUUUUGUUGUUGAAUUUCUCUGCGUUUGUUAGCCCGACGAAACCCGGUUUGCGGUCAAGCCUCUUGGACGGAGAUGGGUCUUGCGAGUUGAACCGCCCGCGUUCAGAGUAUGGUAAUGUGCGAUUGGGUGCUCGACGGGAGAUCCGAAAGGGGCGACCAGAACGAGUCGGAUGAGACACAUAUCAUCCGCUGCGCGUGGAGACAAAGUCACCCGCCGCGGUCAUCGAACAUUUUCAUAAGAAGGACACAGCACGUGUUAUUACAACUUCAAGGAAAGCGAUGAGGCUAGAUUCGAGAGAUUCAUAGCUAGCUUUUUGACCACGACACAAGUUGUUGCUCUGUCCGGCCUAUCAAUUCAAAUCCACCAGAUCUGGAACCGAGUUUUCUGUUGUAUUUGCCCCUCUUGCGCUGGAAACAGCCUCAUUGAACUGUAUGCUGUAAAAGGGGACAGUCAGCGACCCAAUCUGCUCAGUGCUUACUUGAUAUAACGGAGAACUUAGAUACAUGCGCUCAGCAAAGUCGGUGGCGGCCUGCUGUGAAGGGCUGCCAGAAUUCUUGUGCGAAAUGGAGACGACGAUGAGGGCCUGAAUGUUUGGGCUCGCAGUGAACAGUCCGAUGACGGAGACAAGCAGAGUCAACACAUUUCAGGCCCGGCUUUGUUGGACC